CCCGUUGUGUGCUCAGUGGAGCUGACUCAACCGUCUCUGCAAAUUAGGGUCUUGCAGUAUAUUUGAGUCGAGUUACCGUGCCUGCCGUAUCAUCGUAGAUAGUUCAUGGGACCGGUCCUCAGAAUCCUGAAACAUUUUUAAAAAGAAAGUUUUUCAUGGUACUAGACUACAUGUAGACAAUGGCAGCUGCAGCAGAACCCCCCAUGGUGUGCUUAGAAAGUAGUAAAGGUGGUCCUCCAGAGGUCAGAAGAAAUGGACAAGACGGAGUACAUGGGGCAGAGAACUUUGGUAACAACCAUUUAAAAAACAGUGAAGACACCAUCAAUCAUCAAACCUCGUCAAAGAAAAGUAAAGGAAAGAAGCGACAAGGACGACGGAAAGACAAAGCAAGUAGUAAUGGGAUCCAUGAACUAGGUGAAGAUGGGCUUAAGAUUGAUGAUAAGGUUGAUGAUAAGUUGGUUGAAAGUAAAGCAACUACCAAAGAAUCAAAGAGGACAGGAGGGGUGACUUGUCAAUCAGACAACCAUCUCCAUCUUAACCAUCAAAGUCACAACCAUGUGAUCAGUGAACCUUUAAAUGCUCUAACGCGAAUGGUUGAGAAAUUAGGGGUGCAGGAUGGCGUAGCACCCCAGAGGGAACAUUCCCACAUGGAUGUUGAUGUGCCUUCAGAAGCAGCGUGUCAGGAUGGUGAUAUAGACGAGUCGCUUACGGAUGCAAAGUGUAACUCGGACGAUGAGGAUGAUGCAGACUUGGAACUCCCUUCCUCACUCUCAGACUUUGUUCUUGGUUAUCAUGAAGACUACCACUAUGCCCUUACAAAGCUUCCUCCCAACGAUGAAGACAUUGAUACAAUACCACUGGAUGAUUCAGAUAGCUGUGUAAGAUUAGUACCCUAUGAAUCAGAACUACAAAUGCCUGAUAUCAUAAGACUAAUUACAAAGGACUUAUCAGAGCCUUACUCCAUAUACACCUACAGAUAUUUCAUCCACAAUUGGCCAAAUUUAUGCUUUUUGGCUAUGCGUGAUUCGACUUGUGUUGGAGCUAUCGUGUGUAAGCUGGAUGUACAUAAGAAGAUGGUCAGAAGAGGUUACAUUGCUAUGUUAGCAGUGGAUGAAGAUUAUAGGAAAAAGAAGUUAGGAUCAAGUCUUGUCAAGAAAGCAAUUCGUGCAAUGGUGAGAGGAGAGUGUGAUGAGGUGGUUCUAGAGACGGAGAUCACCAACAAGCCUGCCUUGCGUCUGUAUCAGAACCUAGGCUUUGUGAGAGAUAAGAGACUCUUUCGCUACUAUCUCAAUGGUGUGGAUGCAUUGAGACUAAAACUCUGGCUACAAUGAGAACAACACUACAGCUGCAACAUUAGCAACUAGUUGUAGCUACACAACAACAUUA